AUGAAUAAGGAAGAAGAACCAAUAUAAGAACCAUUAAUGAAUGAGCAAAACUAAUAAGUAGAUGGUAAAAGUAAUAGAGGAAUGUCUUAAGUUUCAGCAUUGACUGAUUAAUCUAAGAAUGAAACACAUUUAUAUGAGAUUCCAGAUCUUUCAAAUGUUACAUAAAAUGUUCUAUGUCGUUUAAUAUCUGUAUCUGUGGUUUGUAUUGUAUUUUUGAUAGCAGAGGUAUAUAAUAUUGAUAUUAUAUGAAAGGUAGUUGGAGGUUUAUGGGCAUAAUCAUUAGCAAUAUUAUCUGACGCAGCACAUAUGUUUUCUGAUAUGAGUGGAUUUUUUAUAUCAAUAUUUUCAAUUUGGUUAGGUUAACGACCAGCAUCAUAAAAAAUGUCUUUUGGAUAUCAUAGAGCUGAAGUAAUUGGAGCAUUAGCAAGUAUAGUAUUAAUUUGGGGAUUAACUAUUUUAUUACUUUAUGAAGCAACGGAAAGAAUGAUAAACAAAACAUUAGUAACAAAUCCACUUAUUAUGUUAAUUACAGCAGGAUUUGGAUUAUUUUGUAAUUUAGUAAUGGCUAAAGUAUUGCAUUCAUCUCCAAGUGGUGGACAUACUCAUGAUCAUGGUCAUGGUCAUCAUCAUCAUGGUCAUUUUCAUAGUCAUAAUCAUGAUAAUCAUAAUCAUAAUCAUGAUUAAGAAUCUAAAUAAAAAAAAAAGAAAUUCAAUGUUAAAUAAAAAAGAUCUAUGGUUAGCGAAAAUGGAGUUAGUUUGCUUGUUGUUGAAUAAAGUAUAGAAACUGAUUCUGAUAAAAGCAAAAAUAAUAAAACUAUUGAAGAAGUCAGUAGUGAAAGUAAAUAAACAAGUAAUGGAAAAUAAAAUUAUUCAUAACAAUAAAUUAUUUAAAUAUCAAAUUAAAUAGAAAAUAGAAAUCAUAACCAUUCUUAAAAUUGUGAUCAUGAACAUUCAAACUAAUUAUGUUCUGAUGAUUUUUAAAAUUAAACUAAUACAUAAAAAACAUUAAUAGAGAAUAAAUAUUAUUCAGAAAAUAGUAGUAGUAGUUGUUCUCAUGAUCAUGAUCAUGAACAUGAACAUGAACAUGAACAUGAACAUGAACAUGAACAUGAACAUAAUCAUGAACAUAAUCAUGAUCAUAAUCAUGAACAUGAACAUGAUAGAGAUGAAUUAAAAUAAAUAAGAAAUAAAAAAUUAAAAAGUCAUAAUCUAUCUGAAAUUAAUGAACAUGAUAAUUAUAAUUUAAAAGCAGCUAUGAUUCAUGUUAUAGGAGAUAUUUUAUAAUCAAUAGGAGUUUUGAUAGCUGCUUUAUUAAUCUUCUUUUUUGGUCAAAAAAAAGAUGAAAAUCAUGAAAUUAUUUUUACUUAUUGGUAAUACGCUGAUCCUCUUUGCACAUAUUUAUUCAGUAUUUUAGUUCUCUUUACAACUUUUGGAGUUGCAAAAGAAUGUUUAAGAGUAUUAAUGGAAGGUACACCAACAAGUAAUUAUUAAAUUUUUUUAAAUUAGACUUAAUUAUAGAAGAAUUCAGAUAAAAAAUAAAUUCUAUUCAGAGGGUUAAAGAAGUUCAUGAUCUUCAUAUUUGGUCUUUGUCUGUUGGUAAACCAGCUAUGUCUGCACAUAUAGUUUGUUUAGAAAAUCCUGAAUAUGUAUUAAAGAAAGCAACAAAAUUAUGUAGAAAAUUUGGAAUAUAUCAUUCCACUAUUUAAAUUGAACUAUAUGAUAGGUAAGGAGCAAAUGAUUACAUUAAAUGUAAUCAUAAUUUGCAUAAAUGA